AUGCAGUUCUCCAGCCUUGCCGCCAUCGCCGUCCUCGGCCUGGCCUCCUUCACCACCGCCCACCCCCACAAGCGCUCCGUCGACCUCGUCGAGGCCCUCAAGAUUCUCGCUCCCAAGUCGGUCAGCUGCGGCGGUGCUAAGAAGCCCGACGAGUGCCGCACCGCCGAGCAGGCCGCGCCCUUCCUCGAGGCCGGCUUCAAGAAGUACGGCCUCGUCAGCGACAACGCCAAGGCCGCCGCCCUCGGCCUCGUCUCCCUCGAGUCGGGCGACUUCCAGUACAAGCGCAACGCCUUCCCCGGCCGCCCCGGCCAGGGCACCGUCAACAUGCAGAUGCCCAACUUUAACCUCGAGUACGCCCGCUCCAUCCCGGAGAUCGCACCCCUCGUCGCCAACAUCACCACCACUGAGGGCCUGUCCGACGCCGAGAAGAACCGCAUGCUGAGCCUGCUCGUCGAGAACGACGAGUACAACUUUGGCAGCGUCUCGUGGUUCGUCAAGUGGAAGUGCCCCGAGGUCCGCUGCACCCUCGCCAAGGACAUCAACCAGGGCUACCGCGACUACAUGGCCUGCGUCGAGGUUGACCCGGACAACGAGGAGCGCAUGGCCUCGUUCAAGCUUGCCAAGCAGGCCUUUGGCAUCACCGUAUAA